CACUAAGAAAAGCCCAUUCCGUCACACACAACCCUAUCUGUAACUUGUAGCUACCUUUCUCACUAAUGGCCAAUCCAAUUCUCUAUUGAUUUAAUUUUGACUCCACCAAACCAAAAAAAAAAGAUAAUAUAUAUAUAAAAAAAAUACAAUCUCAAAUCGCAAAUUUCAGAAAUCGCCAUGGCUUCAGUGACUCUAGGUUCAUGGGUUGUUGUUCAUCACAACAAUCAUCUCUCUUCUUCUUCUUCCUCCUCCUCAGUGUUCACCAAACCCAGAUCCAGAUCUUCUUCUCUCAUGACUCUUACUAAACCCAUCUCACUCCGUUCAAAACGCACCGCUUCAUCAAUCGUUGCUUCAUCCGUCGUUACUAAAGAAGACAACCGAAGCUCAUCAUCCUCGUCAUCAUCGUCAUUCGAUUUCAUGUCUUACAUCAUCACCAAAGCCGAAUCUGUCAACAAAGCUUUGGAUUCAUCUGUUCCUCUCCGUGAGCCACUCAAGAUCCACGAAGCCAUGCGUUACUCUCUCCUCGCCGGUGGCAAAAGAGUCAGACCUGUCCUCUGCAUCGCCGCUUGUGAGCUCGUCGGCGGCGAUGAAUCCGUCGCUAUGCCUGCCGCUUGCGCCGUCGAGAUGAUCCACACCAUGUCGUUGAUCCACGACGAUCUCCCUUGUAUGGAUAACGACGAUCUCCGCCGUGGUAAACCCACCAACCACAAAGUGUACGGAGACGACGUCGCUGUGUUAGCCGGAGACGCGCUUCUCUCGUUAGCUUUCGAGCAUUUAGCGUCGGCUACGAGUUCCGAAGUUUCUCCCGUGAGAGUGGUCAGAGCCGUUGGGGAAUUGGCUAAAGCUAUCGGAACGGAAGGGUUGGUGGCGGGUCAAGUCGUGGACAUUAGUAGCGAAGGGUUGGAUCUAAACGACGUCGGUUUGGAUCAUUUGGAGUUUAUCCAUUUGCAUAAAACGGCUGCGUUGCUUGAAGCUUCUGCGGUAUUGGGAGCUAUCGUUGGUGGAGGAAGUGACGAUGAGAUCGAGAGGCUGAGGAAGUUUGCGAGGUGUAUUGGUCUGUUGUUUCAGGUGGUUGAUGAUAUAUUGGAUGUGACCAAGUCGUCCCAAGAACUUGGGAAAACUGCAGGGAAAGAUUUGAUUGCGGAUAAGUUGACGUAUCCGAAGAUUAUGGGAUUGGAGAAAUCUAGAGAGUUUGCUGAGAAGUUGAAUAGAGAGGCUCGUGAUCAGCUUUUAGGGUUUGAUUCUGAUAAGGUUGCUCCUUUGUUGGCUUUGGCUAAUUACAUUGCUAAUAGACAGAACUGAUUUGUUGUGUUCUUGUUGUUGUUGUUGUUUGACUCCCCUUUCUCGGGAAUUAGAUUGAAAUUUGUAGAAAUAUCGGAGAGAAGGUAAAAAAAAAUCAGAUUCUAGAGUUUGUUAUGUUUCCAAUGAUGUACUCAAAAAAAAAAAAUUGGAUAGUAAAAUGGAUGAAGUAUAAAAAAGAGAUUUCAUGUGUCUGUAACAGAGCCUCUCUGGUAGGAUCUGUUAAGUCCUUUUUUUUAAUA